GUUGGUUUGUAGCUCGCCAAUAAACUAAAGAAGAAGAAGAAGAAGAAGAAGAAGAAGAAAUAAUCAAGCAGCAACAUCCGAGAAAGCCACCAAAGAUGCUCGUCUUUCAGUAUUCGGUGACUGAGACUGAGUCCUAAAGGCACAGUGGAAUCCGGUAGCAGCAGCAGGCAUCUAGCUUAGAUGAAGGAUGAAGAGCCCGGUGCACAGAUGCAGGGAUGUGGAGCAUGGGCGUGGGCAGGGCAUGGCUGGGGCCAACUGCCUACAGGCCGAGCAGCGUAUCCCCAUCUCCAAAGACGUCAUCACUUCCUCCUCUGCCUCCGCUAUGUGGUUCAUCAGGGACAUCUGUGGCAUUGUGUGCGCCGUCAUCACUUGGCUGCUGUUGUUGUAUGCAGAGUUUGUAGUGCUGUUUGUGAUGCUGCUGCCCUCCAAGAAUCUGAUGUACAGCAUUGUAAACGGGACCCUGUUCAACAUUCUGGCCUUCCUUGCCCUUGCCUCACACCUCAGGGCUAUGUGCACUGACCCUGGGGCAGUGCCAAAAGGGAAUGCUACUAAGGAAUACAUAGAAAGUCUUCAGCUGAAACCAGGACAGGUGGUCUACAAAUGUCCCAAGUGCUGCAGCAUCAAGCCUGACCGAGCACACCACUGCAGUGUUUGCAAACGCUGCAUACGCAAGAUGGACCACCACUGCCCCUGGGUCAAUAACUGUGUUGGGGAGAACAACCAAAAGUAUUUUGUGCUUUUCACAAUGUACAUUGCACUCAUCUCCUUCCACGCUCUGCUCAUGGUGGUCUUCCAUUUCCUCUACUGCUUUGAAGAUGAUUGGACAAAGUGCAGUUCCUUCUCUCCUCCAGCAACAGUCAUCCUGCUCAUACUCCUGUGCUUUGAGGGUCUCCUCUUCCUCAUCUUUACCUCUGUGAUGUUCGGCACCCAAGUCCACUCCAUCUGUACAGAUGAAACCGGCAUAGAGCAGUUGAAAAAGGAAGAGAGAAGAUGGGCUAAAAAAACUAAGUGGAUGAACAUGAGGGCGGUAUUUGGACACCCUUUCUCCUUAUUGUGGUUUAGUCCUUUCUCCACCCCUGACCAUGGGAAGGCUGAGACCUACCAGUAUGUGGUGUGAGAGCUCAGCGCAUUGAACGAGGCGGCCAGGUCAAAACCAAAGUGUGAAAACCUUCCCAGCCCCAUAGAGCUGACCUAUGGCAGUCUGUUGCUUCCAAUGAUUUACAUUUUACCUCUCACACGAGCCAUCUACAGAUUUUCAUCUGCUUUUUGUUCUGCCAUCUGUGCGCUUUGUUUUAUUUUUUGUUGCCUUAAGUAAGUUGAGUUGCAGAGAAAAAGAAAGCACUUUCAGUUUGUGAAUCCUGUUUUAAAACACUGUGAUACAUCUGUUUUUUUCUGAGCGGUUUCUAUUUCUGUUGUUGUCUGUUGCUGUUGUAUCAGAAGUCUUCUCUUUUUUUGCACUGUUGCUUUCCCCUAAAGGGUUAGUUCAGUUAAAUUCCAAAACAAACACUCCAUGCUGAUAGUUUUAGUUUUGGGUGUUGAAAACACAAUACAAUGGAAGAUAAUGGAAUUUAAUAUAUGGCUUUUAUUAAUUUUAUUAUUUUUAUAUUUAAUUUAAUUAAAAUGAAUAUUAAAAAAAGUUGAUGUGUUUAACUUGCUUGUUUUGUUCAACCAACAGAAGUUUUACAUUAAAAAUAUAAGCUAUUCGAUUUACUACCAUAAAAGACAACACAAACUAAUUUCACAUUUGAAGAGCUGCUUUGUCUUUUUUUGGUUAAGAAAUUAUUAAACAAUUAUCAAAUAUGUUUUAGAAUAAUUUUGUUUUGAGUGACUUAAUAGACAAAUUGUUUAAACUAUAAUUUAAUUUUUGGUCAAAGCAUUGAAAAAUGUCAUUGGGGAAACUCGCAGAAUUGAUAUCUUGGUUACUAAGAGUGAUUCACAGACAUUCCAACAGUUUUCACAUGGACUGUUCUUUGGUAGAUAGUAAAUUAUUUAUUUUAAGUGAAAUAUGUGUAGUAACAAGGUAUUUGUUUCUGGAUAUAACACUUGCAAUUCCAUUCACCUCCAUUAUACAAGGGUGAGAGCAGAAAAUUCUAAUUCAGGAUAAAUAAAACCAAAACUAUCUGCAUGGCUACAAACUACUAGUCAGUGGAAACAUAUGUAUUUUUGUAAUUUGGAUUAAUUUACCCUUUAAAUCAUCCUCUUGUCAGACAGUAAUCAGUAGUGUGUUCCAGAUAUGGACAAAAAUAAACAUUUCAAAUAGGUUCCCACAAGAAUGGAUUAAAUGAAUGGUUAGGUUAAGAGUAACAGUCUCCACAAUCACAUUCCUUGUGGGAGCCAUUCUGCAAACAUCCAUUCUUAGGCAGACCUUUUUAAAUGGUGCCAAAUAAAGCACUGUCAAGGAACAGUUUGCUAUCAUUGUGGAUGUUUGUGAAAAUAUUUUAGAUACAUCCAGUUGGGCAAAAAAAGUUAUUGUUCUGCUAGAAGUAAAGUUGUGGCUUCUUUCACUCAUUCUUAAAAUUGAUUGAAAGAGAUGCACCAACCCAUGUUUUUUCCUGAUACCUUAACUCGGGGCAACUGCCAAUAUCGAUUCCCAAGGUCUGUUUUUCACUUUCCUUUGGAUCAUUUUUAUGGUGUAUCCCUAUUCGCUAAAUGCAUGCAAUACCCAUUUAUUGUAAUACUGUGAUAACCCCCCCCCCCGGUGAAAAAAUGUAAGUGGUAAAUUGAUGGGUGGUGUUCAAAGUGUCCACAGCUUACCUGUGAUUAGACACUAUCAUACCAUACAAGAACAUGUGUUUAAAGUUCCUUUAAAGUGUAGUAUUUGAGCUUCACAUGACUGAGUGAAGGAUCCCUUUGAGAAAACUGCAUACAAGGCCAAAUAAUUCACACAGCAGUUUAAUCAUGUUUUAAAUUACUUAAAUAUCUACAUUUUACCCAAGUAUGGGACAUUCACCUGAUUCCUCUCUGAUACAUGCUUAACAUGCACAAAGACUUUGUUAGAAGACAGAGAUUUUUUUUUCCCUACCAAAAGCCAGGAAGUUUCUGUUCGUCCCACCAAACAGAAUCAAUUCAGAAUGAAAAAGCCAGCUUGCUUUGGUUUUGGCAGGUUUUCCUAAAUCAUUCUUCCAAUGCUCAAGGAGGAAAUGAAAUAAUUCAUGUAAUCAGUACAUAUGUCAGCUUCAUGUCUUUAAGCAGUAAAUCAUGGUUGUUAGAUUUGUCGGUAGAGUUAGCAGGCUGUCAACAACCAUAUGCUCAUUCUCCCUUUUUUGAGGAAAGGAUUGGCCUCUGUGUGUGUGUGUGUGUGUGUGUGUGUGUGUGUGUGUGUGUGUGUGUGUGUGUGUGUGUGUGUGUUUUUGUGUGUGUGUGUGUGUGUGUGUGUGUGUGUGUGUGUGUGAGCGAGCUUGUUCCAAAUUGCGUGAUUAUUUAGAAAAGCAAAAAUGAAAUUCCUCAAAAAAGGACACUUUAUUAAAAUUUAAAAAUAUGAAAACCUGUGUGGAGAAAGGGAAGCAUAGUUUAAAAAUGUAUUGCUCUGCAUACAUCUUAUUAUGCAGCAGCGGGCUAUUAGCUUGACUAUUUCUGCACUACUGCAUUUAACAAAGUAUUAACUUUCAUCAUUCAUAUUUACACUAUUAAGUACUAAAUAUGCUAAUUCGCACUUUGUAUUUAUUAUUUCAGAUUUCUCCUGUGUGAAUAGUUCUGUUCUAAAAUGUGCAUUUUAGUCUUUUCUUUGUAUACAUGAUAUAUAUGUACUGUAUCCUUUGUUUUCAAAUGCAUGGUUUGUAACACUGCUGGUUUGAUGAUGCCAAGUCUUUCUAGUAAGAGUGAUGGAGAUGAUUUGUUUUAUACAGAAGUUUUAAUUCUUUCUAAAUAUUCUGAAAAUAUUUCAGCACAUGCACAGAGAAUAAAUACCUCUCUGUUGCAAUGCAAAAUGGUAUGCUUUCUUUCUAAUGUUUUUAUUUCUCUUGUAUUGUGAAGGGUCUACUUCACCAAAAUGUUUCAACUUCAAUUUUUAUGUUUAAAGAAUAGAGAAAAUAUUCUGCUUUCCCUGCAUACAGUCCGCUCACACCCUGCAUUAUUAAAUUUCCACUCUGUCCUUGUCUUUCAUUCUAUUCCAACUUUA